AGCUGUGAAAUUUGCCAGGAGCAAUUCGAACAAUAUUGGGAUGAGGAGGAGGAAGAGUGGCACCUUAAAAAUGCCAUUAGAGUAGAUGAAAAGAUCUACCAUCCAUCAUGUUACGAAGAUUAUCAAAAAACCUCGUUCGAUUCGACGCCCUCUCCUAGCAAGACUCCCAUAGAAAAUCCACUAAAUAUUAUGUUGAAUAUCGUCAAGCAAGAGGUUCAGGACUCCAGUAACAGUCCCAAAGUCAAAGAAGAGCCAGAGGAAAAGCUCGAGGAAUGUAUGGAGGGGAGCACGACAAUACCUGCCGAAAUUAAAACAGAACCCGAAAAGGUUGAGUCGGUUUAAACUAAUUUGAAUUUUUUUUUAAUUACAGAGAAGAGCUGUUGUGUUCUAGCUGACUCUAGAAGGCAAGGGAUUUUUAUAUGAAUAAAGUGUUCUCCUGGGGCAGGGCCCCAGCUGCUUAUUUGGUUAAUAAAUACAUUUUUGUAUUUGAAAUUUCUUAUUGCCUGCACACUGUCAGGUGUCUAUUGUGUGGAAGUUCUGUAGAUGGUGUACCGAUUUAAACCGGAAUAGACUGUAUAUGUAAGAAGAAAUUGUACGAGAAUUUUUUUUUUUUCAUUUGUGGAAAUGUAAAUUAUAAAUAAAAUAUUUUUGCUAUCUAUGGAGUGUAAUGUUUAUGCACACCAUUCAAUAAAAAAAAGAAGUAUUUCUGUUUUGGGAGUGUUUUGAGUGGAACCGAACUCCGGACUCGACAUAAGCCUUGUCCUUCAUAAACAGGAGGAUUCUCAGCGGAAACGACAAAGACGGACUUUUUUGAUUUCUUAAGAAAGUUAAGGAGAGCUUUGCUGUUCCAGAAGAAAAGUGGAUAGGUGUUUUCAUAACCUGCGUUCAUAACCAGAUUCUUAAAAAGAAGGCUAGGAGGCAUACAUAACAGAGUGAUAGGUGCUCGACUUUGGAUCUGUGCCAAACAUUUACAGUGAAAAGCCCCAGGCUGCGUCGGGAGCUGUGUUCUGAAUCCAGUUUUCUCAAUCACUACUUUGCCCCCUCUCAUCUAGCCAAACAUAUAAGAACUUAGUCCGACUGAGGGAAUUUCCUUUCAGUUUUACAGAGGAAGAAAAAAUGUUUUAAGACUCUGCAACAUGAUUUAACGUUUUUUUGUUGGUUUAUAGCUCAGGUCUAGGUGGUAAAGGGAUUACCAUGAGAUGUUAAUAUUUAUUUCAUGUAAUAAACUAGAGUGAAGCAUA